UUUUUCAAUAAAAGGAAGGAAAUUCUAUUUUGAAUAUUCGCAUCUUUUGCUUUAACAUCUCAUUAAGCGUUUGAUUGUUCCCGUUUCUUCCUUCGUCUUCUUCAUCAAGCUGCGUACAGUUUUCUUGUUUACCAACCAUGCCUUGUUUCCCGUAAGAGGUACGCUUUUAUCUCACUUGUAACAGACCGUUUCUUUCAUGAUUGGAUCUUCUUUUCCGAUUUGAUUUCAUUUACUCUGCUGUUCUUGAUUCCAUUUUGUUUAUAUGGUUGAUUGUUUAUUCGUGCCCUCAUAUGUUAGUUCAUCAUGAAAACAAAGGCAAGAACGAGUUUUUCUGAAGCAUAAAAACGUUAUUUUAAUUUGCAUAUGGAGUCAUUUGUUCGAAUAUUUGAUCGCAAUUUGUUGCAGACUGAUAAAUUUUCUCCUAUUUUAAUUUUGGAAUUCUAUGCUCUUAAAUCAGGACUAUGGUUCUUUAUCUUGUUUCAUCAGCAAAUGGUUCAUGAUUCCGGCUUAAACAUAAGUAAACUUCAAAUUGAUUCUGUGUUUUGGAAUGUUUCUAUGUGCAAAAACGAAGGGUUUUUAGGGUUUUCCAUAUGAUCCAUAAAUCCUGAAUUUGUUCCCCUAAUGCUUAUUAUGAAACUCUAGCGUCAGUUCUGUAAAAGGAGAUAACCAGAAUACUUUGUUAUUUUGGAAUCUAGAAAUUAAAAAAUCCACGUGUGUUUAUCAUUAGUCUCUUAUUAGAAGUUUUUGAGAUUAAUUGUUGUGUAGACAUGAAAAGUUACAGAAAUGAGGCUUCUUUGUAAGUGCUAUUAUUUACACUGCUGUUUUUAAUCAGAUUUAUUGAUGCCAUCAAAUGUUAAGUCAAAAGGAGUUAUUCUGAUGAAAAAAGCUGGUUCUUUAUACUUUAUUUCCAAUUCAUGUCGACUGAUUUGUACAAGUUUUUUGAUCACAUCAUUUGUUACAUACAAGAACGAUAACUUUCUCCCUACUUUUGAAAUUUGAUGUCUGUAAAGUGAGACAAUUGUUCAUGAUUCCAGCUUAUCUUUCAAAUAAGCAAUUUAUCAGUCUUGGACGUGUUCUACAAUCCUAUAUACAACAUCUAGAACCUAAAACCUAUUGAUAGUAUAUAAAGUCAAUGAAUAUACAUGGAUAAAAAAGAGCAUAUCGCGAUAUUUACCACAGCAAGCCUUCCAUGGAUGACUGGAACGUCUGUUAAUCCUCUAUUCCGAGCUGCGUAUCUUGCAAAAGAUGGACACAGAAAGGUUACUUUGGUCAUUCCAUGGCUAUCUAAGAAUGAUCAAGAAUAUCUGUACCCUGACAAGAUAACUUUUGAUACACCCAAAGAACAAGAGAAAUAUGUCCGUGAAUGGAUUGAAAAAAGGACCGACCUUUUGUGUACUUUUGAUAUACGUUUUUAUCCAGGGAAGUUUUCUAGAAGUAAAAGAAGCAUUCUUGCUCUUGGGGACAUAACAGAGAGCAUUCCGGAUUCAGAAUCAGAUAUUGCUGUUCUUGAGGAACCCGAGCAUUUAACAUGGUAUCACCAUGGUAAAAGAUGGAAGAUUAAAUUCCGCCUUGUUAUAGGAAUUGUUCACACAAAUUAUUUGGAGUAUGUCAAAAGAGAGAAAAAUGGACGUGCCUAUGCAUUUCUUCUCAAAUACAUGAAUAGAUGGGUGGUCGAUAUAUAUUGUCACAAGGUGAUACGGUUAUCUGGUGCUACGCAGGAUCUCCCAAGAUCAAUUAUCUGCAAUGUUCAUGGUGUUAACCCUAAAUUUCUUGAAAUUGGGAUGAAAAAGAGACAAGAACAGAAACUUGGAAACCAGGCGUUUUCAAAAGGUGCAUAUUUUAUUGGGAAAAUGGUGUGGAGUAAAGGCUACAAGGAGCUGCUUGAGCUUCUUGGUGAUCAUCAAAAGGAACUUGAUGGACUUGAAGUUGAUUUAUUUGGCACUGGCGAAGACUCUGUUCAGAUUCAAGAAGCUGCUGAGAAAUUGAAUCUAACCAUUAGGGUUAAUCCCGGACGUGAUCAUGCAGACCCUUUGUUUCACGAUUACAAAGUGUUCAUGAACCCAAGCACAACCGACGUGGUCUGCACAACAACAGCAGAAGCAUUGGCCAUGGGCAAAAUCGUCAUUUGCGCAGAUCACGUCUCGAAUGAAUUCUUCAAGCAGUUUCCCAAUUGCCGAACCUUCAAGGACGGGGGCAGUUUCGUCAAAGUGACACGUCAGGCGUUGACCGAACAACCUGCCCCACUGACCGAUUCACAAAUGCAUGAGCUCUCAUGGGAUGCAGCCACCACAAGAUUUCUAAAUUGUGCUGAGCUAAACAAGGUGCCCGAAAAGAAACCCAAAAAAUCAGAUUCCAAAACCAGUUUUAUGACAUCAUCGUUGAGUUUUAAUAGGAAUCUUGAAGACGCAUCUGCUUUUAUGCAUUUUGUAGGGACCGGGUUUGUGAGCCCUGUCCCGAAUGACGAACAACGUAAAGAGCUCGGGUUGACCACUCCGAGUAGAAAAGACGGAUUUACCCUUUGGAAAGGUGCAUAAUGAAGUUGUUUAUGUAUGUCUUGCUGGUUUGUUCUUGACUUGCAUCUCUUUAUUCGUUUUCGUUGAAUUGUUAUUUGUUAGUGAUCUUGUAAUUUACAAUUCUUUGUGUGAUAACUUGUAUUUAUCUUUUUGACCUUUUGAUUGUAAUGUGAUUAGCAAUUUAGGAUGUAAUUUGAAAGCUAAGGCCCUAAUAGACUCUAACAUGACAAGACAGAACAUUGGACUUACAAAA